GCUCACUACUACACUCCCCUGAAAUCUCCGUCGCCCGAUCUACGAGGCGAGAAUUUAGGGUUUCUACGUUUUGCGAUUCUUUUUGCCCCAUUUCCUCUCUUUCGUCGCAUUUUGCUUUUUUGUAGGUUUCUCUUUUGUAGAUCGCCUUUCACAAUGGCUUCUCACAUCCAAAAGUUCAAGAUUGCUCUUUGCCAAUUGCUGGUCACCUCCGACAAGGAGAGGAACAUCGCCCGCGCCCGGGAGCUGAUUGAAGAUGCGGCAUUGAAGGGCUCAAAGCUCAUUGUUUUGCCGGAAAUGUGGAAUUGUCCUUUAUCACUUCAGAACUUAUCAAAAUAUGCGGAGGAUAUUGAUGCUCAAGACUCGCCGUCUAUCUCAAUGCUAUCUGAGGUUGCUGCAUGUCAUGAAAUCACAAUAAUAGGUGGAUCAAUACCAGAAAAGGCCAAUGGCCAAUUGUUUAACACUUGUUGUGUGCUUGGACCAGAUGGACAAGUAAAAGCUAAGCAUAGGAAAGUAAGAAUCUACUAUUUCUUUCCUUCUGACAGUGAGAUAAAAAAAACAGGAGAUACUACAUUUAGAGAAUCUGACACUCUUACGGCCGGAGAUACACCUACAAUUGUGGACACAGCAGAUGUUGGAAGCAUUGGAAUAGGCAUAUGCCAUGAUAUCCGCUUUCCAGAGCUAGCAAUGUUAUAUAGAUCAAGAGGUGCUCAUUUAAUUUGUUAUCCAGGAGCAUUCAACAUGAGCACUGGAGAGCUUCUCUGGGAAUUAAUGCAGAGAUCGAGGGCUGUUGAUAAUCAGUUGUUUGUUGCAACCUGCUCACCUGCACGAAACCCUAAUGCCGAGUCGGACUACAUGAUAUGGGGUCAUUCUAGUCUAGUUGGACCAUUUGGCGAUAUGAUCGCAACAACAGGGCAUGAUGAGGCAACCGUCGCCGGCGAGAUCGACUAUUCUAUGAUUCAUAGUCGAAGGGAGAACCUAUCUUUGGCGGAGCAAAGGCGUGGAGUUAUAUACAAAACGGUUGAUGUUCUAGGACAAAUUGCCUGAUGAUGAUUAGCGAAACUAUGUUGGAUGGGAGCUGUUUUGGUGUAAUUUUCUAAAAAAAAACAAGUAUUCGAAACUAUGUUGGAUGCAAUAGUACUGUAGGUUGUGAUGUGACGAUUACGAAAAUGCUGCGUCACUAUCAGAUUAGCGAAAUAUUUGUAUUCUGUUAAUUAAAUUAGGCUGUAUAAUUUAAUUGAGGAUAAAAAUAUCACAUUCCCAACGUUUGAGGACAAAAGUACAAUUUACCCCAA